GCUUUCCAGAAAGUGCAUUUCCGCCCGGGACGAAGGAGGAGUAGAGGCUGUCGGAGCAGGAGGCAGCUGAUCCAACGCUGGCAGGCUCUGCCUCGUGCCCCACACCUGAAAGGGCAGCACCGGGGGGAUGCUCUAGGGAAGGAAAGGCAGCACCAGGAGGGAGCAGCCUUGCCCAGAGGGCACUGCUGCAGCAUGGAGGGGCUUUGGGUGCUCGGUGUCCUGCUGUUCUCCUGCCUGCUGCUACCCUUGCCUGCAAGGAGCCAGACCAGCCCCAGUCCCAGCCUCCGUUUUCCAUUGGACCCUGAGGAGGAACCAUCGCAGCACCACGCUGCCAGGGCCCCAUGGGAGCAGAAGGCUGGCAGUGCCCAGGAGGGGCUGCCCCCACCAUCCCGCUGUGUCCGCUGCUGUGAACCACACAACCAGCGCUUCUCCUACCCCCAGUACCAGCCCCUGCCUCAGAUCAACAUGACCAUCCUGAAAGGCGAAAAGGGGGACCGUGGCGAGCGAGGUAUGCAGGGCAAGUAUGGCAAGACGGGAAUGGCCGGCAGCAGGGGCCACACAGGGCCCAAGGGACAGAAGGGCAGCAUGGGCGCUCCAGGGGAGCGCUGCAAGAGCCACUACGCUGCCUUCUCCGUGGGCCGCAAGAAACCCCUGCACAGCAAUGACUACUACCAGACCCUCAUCUUCGACACGGAGUUUGUCAACCUCUAUGACCACUUCAACAUGUUCACUGGCAAGUUUUACUGCUACGUCCCUGGCAUCUACUAUUUCAGCCUCAACGUGCACACUUGGAACCAGAAGGAGACGUACCUGCACAUCAUGCACAAUGGGGCAGAGGCAGUGAUCCUCUAUGCCCAGGUGAGCGACCGUAGCAUCAUGCAGAGCCAGAGCGUCAUGCUUGAGCUGCAGGAGAAAGACGAGGUCUGGGUGCGGCUCUACAAGGGCGAGCGUGAGAAUGCUGUCUUUAGUGAUGAGUAUGACACUUACAUCACCUUCAGUGGCCACCUCAUCAAGUACAGUGGGGAUCCCUGAGUGCCUGGUCCACCCUGCUCCCCCUUCCCCUGGGGCAGGUGUCCAAGGAGUCCCUGCUGCCCUCUCGCUCUGGGUGUGCCACCCACCGUUAAGCCGUUAGCCCCUCUAUGUGCCACUACCCCCAGCAGCUGUGAGAGUGUGUAAAUACCCCCACCUCCAGCUCCUUGAGGCUGAUCAGAUGCAUCAGAGGCACUUCAAGCCUCUGCUGCAUUUGUGACCCAGGCGGUGGCUGCUCGCCUGGGGUGGCCAGGGAGCUCCUCUCCCCAGGACCAGCACACAGCUGGGCACCCAGUGCUGGCUCAGCACAAACUGAGAGUGAGAAGCUGGGGCUGGUGCCUGUGGUCCAGCACCAUAAGCAGGCAGGAGACGCACAGGGUCAUGAGUUGGUUUUGCUGGUACACCAGCAUUCAUGGCACUGGCUAUGGGCCGGCAUCAGCUGGACGGGUUUGACUGCCGGUGCCCUGGUGUGAGGCAGUGCGUUUCUCCCUUGAGCUGCUAGCCAGUGAGGUGCUCUGCCAGCUCCUCUGGAAAAGGGCAGAGGAUGCUCAGUAUCUAGCAGGAAAGGCAAUAAGACCACUAAGACAAUGGCACGGAUGUUGCCACACAGCACUGGGUACCCUCUGGGCUGACACUUCCUGCUGGGGAGUGGAUUGCAUCAGUUCUGCCCUCUGCAAGUCCCCAGCACAGUUUUCCCCACCGCAGCCUCUGUUUGGUGCUGAUGCUGCCGAGGAUGGGCUGGCUCCCCAUCGGCAGCCCUGGGUGCGAGGCCUUUUGCCUCAGCUUCUUCCUCUUCAGUUAGACUUUCUGCUGGCAGGCUUUGUAUUUCGGUAGAUGCAAUAGCAGAGUGGGGCCCGGGGCAGCGUGCGGCUGCCUGUGCUCCUUACAGCUUGUGACCACAUUAAACACCUGAUUUUGAGUCCAGCUCACCCUUUCAGUGCA